AACCCCCUGCCCUCGCGUCGGUUGCAUCGCAGUGCAACGCUCGUUGGCGGUGUUCCGCAGGGCUGUCGGUGCACUUCUUCCUGGUGGUGCGUCGUCUGCGCAAGCGGCUGCGCGCAAAGGACCGCGUGGCGCCGCGGGACCCACCCCACCGCCCCCGCCCACGCUCCCGCCACCCCGGGGUGGUGGAGUUGGCGGCGGCGGAGGGGAGGUGCUGGUGCCGCGUCGGGCGUGGGAGCGCGGGAGCUGCCCGAGAAGGUGCCGCCCUCAGACGACGAUUUUCUGGAACCGCGUGCUGCGGCGUGCGUCUUGACGCAGAAGACUGAUAUGGUUCCUGCCGUCAUAGCUGAGGGCCCUCUAUGGUUUGGUCCAUUCAAGGGGCUGGCUGUAGAAAACGUUUACUCGGUG